AUGCGGAUCCCUUUAUUCCGUCUCACCGCCUCUCUGUGCGCCAUGGUUCUCCUCCUCCUCGCACCUGCCUCGCAGGGCUGUGGACCAGGGAGGGGAUACGGCAAGAGGCGUCUUCCAAAGAAGCUCAUCCCGUUAGCCUACAAGCAAUUCAGCCCAAAUGUGGCCGAGAAGACAUUGGGGGCGAGCGGGCGUCCCGAGGGCAAAAUUACGCGCAGUUCGGAACGCUUCAAGGAGCUGACACCCAACUAUAACACAGAUAUCAUCUUCAAGGAUGAAGAGGACACCGGCGCGGACAGACUGAUGACCCAGCGCUGUAAAGACAAGUUGAACUCCCUGGCCAUUUCUGUGAUGAACAUGUGGCCUGGUGUGAAGCUGAGAGUGACAGAGGGUUGGGAUGAAGACGGCCAUCACUCAGAGGACUCGCUGCAUUAUGAGGGCCGUGCUGUUGACAUCACCACAUCAGACAGAGACAGAAACAAGUAUGCCAUGUUGGCUCGACUUGCUGUAGAAGCUGGAUUUGACUGGGUCUAUUAUGAGUCUAAAGCCCAUAUUCAUUGCAGCGUCAAGUCAGAACAUUCUGUCGCAGCCAAAACUGGUGGUUGUUUCCCAGGCGAUGCUCAAGUUACCCUUGAGAACGGAGUUACCAAACAGAUGCAUGACCUUCAUCCCGGUGACCGUGUUUUGGCUUCAUCAACAACUGAUGGGCGUGGUCCACUUCAUUACAGUCCAGUUCUAUCCUUUUUGGAUCUCCAGUCUAACGUCAGGAAGAUUUUCACCCACAUUGGAACCAACACUGGACAUAAUAUAACGCUCACAGCGGCGCACCUCAUUUUCAUCACUGACUGUGCAGAUGGAAUCGGCAAAGAAGAUGUGAGGACAUCAUUUGCCAGUGAGGUGAAGCCGGGUCAGUGUAUUUUGACCUCGCAUGGGACGGAGACAACGCAAGCUCUUGUGACAUUUGUCGAGGAGAGGCAGAGCACUGGGUUGUAUGCCCCGCUGACCCAGCACGGGUCUAUAGUGGUGAACAGAGUUUUAGCAUCAUGUUAUGCUGCUGUGGACAAUCAUCAUUUGGCCCACUGGGUUCUUGCCCCGCUGCGUUUGGUCCGCACCCUGAUGGGUCCCGCAAAACAACAAACUGAUGGAGUGCACUGGUACCCUCGGCUUCUGCAGAGGGUCGGGGAAAUGCUACUGGACCCAAAACACUUCCACCCUUUGGGAAAUGAGCGAGGACUCUGA